ACGGUUCGGCUGAAAUCAAAAUUGAAAUACGAAAAAAUCAGAACAAACAAUAUCAACAUGGGCUCAGUCUCAGCACAGAUGCCUAACAUUUCCGAAAGUUCAAUAUCUCUGCUGAGUCUUGGUUUUACCGGGCUUUUGCGUAAUGAAGUUGAAUUUCAUUUGGCUGGAAUCCAUGGAGAUGUGCUGUCCUGUCUGGAAGGCAGACUACCAUCUGAUCACCUGGCCACCACCACCGAUUUCUUGGACCAUGUCUGUGCCACCGCACUGGCCAAUCGGCCACCAGUCUCCCUCAGCCACUGGCUGGGCGAUGUGCUGAACUCCCUGGAGAAACUGCUGACCUCCCUGCUGGCCGCGCUUGAUGAGCCACGCGAGGCUGAUCCUGAGCUGCUGGCACCGGCGCUGCGCCUAGAGGAGGUGGCUGAGACGAGGCUUGAUGGUAUCCGUCGUAGGAGAGCCCAUUUGCACCAUGAGGGGGAGGUCACUACAGUUGAAUCAUCCUCAGAGGGAAUGGAAAGAUCAGAAACAAAUGUCAGUACCAACAGAAACAGCACUGAGGAAGUGGAUGGGGACCGAAAAUCUCACAGAGUGCCUCACGGAACACCUGAUGGAUCACCUGAGGGAGAGACUAAUACGGAGUCUGAUGGACCACCUUCCGCAACACCUCGCUCCCCUGGUGUCCCUGACGCCCGCCCGUGCCGACCGUCCACUGGGAGGGUGGUUCGCGCAGCUCUGGAGAGUCGUCUUCAGCUCCUGGAGGCCGGUCGGCUGAAACUAGACCCUGACCUACCUCCACCGCCGCCGCAUCCUCCGGCCGGCUGGGCUGUGCGGCUCGGAGCCCGCUGGUCGCGGAUCUAUCGGCUGGCGGUGCAGUGGGCGAUGGAAGGUUUGAAGAAUGGGAGGACGAUGGAAGCCGACACGGUGCUGAGUGCUACGGGUCUGCGUCCGUCAGAUGCGCUCCGAUUCGAGCUGCUGACCACUGGUGACGACAACUCCCGCCGGCUGCUGGCGGACCGGCUGCGGCAGCUUCAGCUGCUGAAAGGGCGAGACGAGCUGCUGCUGCGGCUGCUGCAGCUGGCUGGGGGCACCCGACAGAGCCCCGCCACUGAGCAGAUCAGCACCGGCCGUCCUCGCCGACCAGAUCUGGACCAGCUCCUGAGCGGCCCGUCACCACCGACUCUGGGCCAACUGCUGCAGAUGGCGCCACCGACACGCCGUCAGCUAAUCGUCCACAUUGCGCUGAAUACUGACGACACUGAGAUGAUCCGUGCUGCUGCCGCCCGUCCCGCCGAUGUAUGGAGAUAUCUGGUGACCGCCGGCAGUCUCCUGUGGCUGAGAGCCUGGCUGGACGCUGCUGGUGUCGGGAGAGAGGAGCGGGGAGGCGGGGCAGAGGAUGGGAGGAACGCUCCAAAGAAGGAGAGAGAGGCGGUGAAGGAAGGGAGCGACCGUACAGAGGACGGAAGAGCAGAAGACAGGGGAAAGAACAGCAGAGAAAAGGAGGCCAGCACGAAGAAAGAAAUGACAAAGAUGGAAGGUGGAGGAGCGAAAACAGAUCAUACAAGAGAUGUCAAAGAAAACAGAAGAGAUAAAAUAAGAGACAAGUCAGAGUAUACAAGAUCAGCGACGGAGAACCGAAGAGAGAAGACAAAAGACGGAAAAGUGAAGACAGAAGAUGCAAGUGAUGCGAUAGAGAACAGACGUUCAGACCAAACCAAUGACGAUACGUCAGCAGAGUUAGAGUCUCAGCUCCCUGGUACAGACCCAGAGAGCAGAGCCGCCGCGGAGGACCCCACCCCACUGCUGGGGCCGGCCGCCGGCUAUGGCCCGGCCUCCCGACCGCCACCUCCUGGCUGGAUUCGGGCGCUGAAAGUGGCGACUGAUGUGGCUGAUAUAACGGAGGAGUGCGGAGGACGUAUAAGGGAGCUGGUACUGGAUGAGCUGGCCAGGCGCGGCCGGUACAGCGCCGCCAGUCUCUCUUCUCCGCACCUCCUCUGUCGCCGAGUUCUCCGCGCCGGUCUGCUCUCCGGCGUCUCUCCACCUCCGACCGUUCGCCGCGCUGGUCUCCGUCUUCUGGCCUCCGCCGCCGAACGACAACCGUCACUACAACCAGCUCUUCUCGGCUGGCUGCGGCAGCUACCGGCGAGUCGAGAUGAGCUGCGACAGCUUCCAGCGGAGCUGCGGAGGCCCGGCGCUCCGCUGGAUCGUGUCGCAGCUCUGCUGGCAGUGGAGGGCUUCGAGAGUGACUCAAAGACAGCGCCGCGGGAAGGGACAGGAACCGACCGCGGUAGAGCCCUUGCCGCUUUACUGGAAGCCGAAGCUGCUUACCAGGCAGGCUGCAUGGGUGAGUCUGUGUCGGAGUAUCUCUCUGCACGGCCUUGGUAUCGACUAGGAGCGGCACUGGCUGCCGGCCGGCCGCUGCCGCCUCUGAUGGAUCUACCCUGGCCGAGUGGGGAAGAGACGACGAUAUGGCCCGAGCUGAGACGAGUGCUGGCGGUGGAAAGUGCUGCUGAGGAAGCUAAGGGAGCUACUGAGACGGCUGAGCCGUUAAAACCUACUGCUGAUCCGUCUAGCUCGACUGCCGAGGCUGCUGAUACGCCAGCGUCGGACAGUGAGGCUGCUGGGAUGUCGAGUUUGACUACUGAGACCAAUGAGGAGUCGCUUUCCGCUGUGGUGACCAGUGAAACGUCCGAGUCGGAUGUUCAGAAAGCAGAAACGGCGGGACCGGACGAUGAGACAGCGAAGUCAGCUCCCGAGACUGCAGAGACGCCAAGACGAUCUAGCGAAAUACCUGAAACGACAGAACCAACUUUUGAUACUGCUGAAACUCCAGCUCAGAUUCAUGACAAUGCUGAUACGCUGGCAACAGCUGAUGGAACUGCUGAGACUGGUAAAAAUCCUCAGGAGAAUGCGAAAGUACUCAGCAGCUGCACUGCUGAAUCUGCCGAGAACCCGACUGUUGAAAACGCCGAGACUCCCAGCCCGGCCACUGAGACUACUGAACUGUCUAACCAAAGUGACAAAACAGCUGAUCAUCCCGAUUCGACUGAUGGAUCGCCCAGUCUGUCCGAGCUGCUACCAGGACGGUGUCCCGACAGGCUGAUCGGUCUUCUGCGGUCACUGCAGGACACUGGGACGGACGGCACACCCUGCAGUGCCUACUCCUCGCCAGACCCGACCCGUGACUCACCAGACGGUUCUGAGACAGCGGGCCCGGUCCGGCCGCCGGCCUACCGCGGCUACCUGCGCCAGGGACGGCCGCUGUUCGCCGUCUGUCACCUGCUGAAUGGAGGAGAGGUGGUCGGCAGGAGGGACUCUGCCGGCACCCGCCUGGCCUGUGACUGGGCUGCUGAGCUGGCUCUCCGACAGAGCUGUGACAGCUGCUCCUGUGACAGCUGUCACACCUCCGACAGCUGCGACAGCCGCCAGCUGCUCGGCUCGGCGGACUGUGAUGACUGUCGGCAGCGGCGCGCGGUCGUCACGGGCUGUGUGGUCUUCCAACAUCUCCUGGGACAUGACGUCGCGCUGCUGAGAGCCCAGCUCACCGCUGUGAGAGAUGUGCCACAGCCACUUAGAGCCGAGCUCGUCCGUGGCCUGCUACUUGGUGACACCAAAGCCGCCGCUACGCUCCUCGCACACCACGAGCAGCGAGUGAUGGCAGCGCUCCUAGCGGCCGAUACCGACACUACAACUUGCGACACGGCCGCUAGGUGGCAUCAGCGUGCCACCGAGUUCUGCCAGUGGCGGCACGCACUGACGUUGGCUGUGAAACUCCAUUUACCGUUCCCUGAGCGGUAUUUGGCUCGGUUGGCUGCCAGAGAUGAAUGGCUGGCGUUCCUGCUGUUCGCUCAGAUCUACCAGUACCCACGGGAUCAGGUACUGCGUCUCUCGGCCGGUUUCUCCCAGUCCUCACUACGCCAGACUCUGGGCUGCGCGCUGCGCUGUCUGCUACUGACCCGACCUGCCGGUAAAUCGUCCCGCCGUCGGGUCACCUCUGACACGGAACACGAGUGGAGCACGGCCUCGCCGGAGACGUCGGUCAGCUCGUCACCGCCGGGCGGAGCGGGCGGGCCGGCGACUCCGGCCCUGACGGCCGUGCCGCCGUCCAGGGAUGCGCCGCCGCAGUCGAUGGUGGCCGCUGUAGUGGAGGCCGCUGCGGACCCGUGUCCGGGCAGGGCGCUGCUGCAGGCAGCCAGGCAGAUGGCGCUACCGGCUCUGGCUGCCUUGGCUGCCGAGUGCGAGGACGUCAGUGCCGGUGACUGCCUCUGCGGCUGGCUGGAGACGUCCCUCUCUGCACCGACACCAGCCGAGGAGGCCGCCUGUGUCCGUCUGAGGCGUCUGGCGCUGCUGGCCGUACGGACACGUCGGCUGCGGAGCCUAGACAAGGCACUGGCGGUGUUCUUUCCGGACUGCGCGCUGCGUCUGACAAUCCAGCUGCUGGAGAGCCUGAUGACGCUGGAGGAGCCGCACCUGCCGGCCGAGCUGAUGCUCAACAUGAUGGAGGCUCUGCGGAACACCACGAAACAGCAGGACUCGGAGUUAUUCAUCUACGACCGCCGCUGGCUGAGCACCACCGUCCUCUCGCUGCUGCUGUCGUCCCUGUCCACACUACUCACCUCGGCCGGUCGGGCCCGACUGCUGGGGCUGAUGAUCGACGCCAGGCUCGUGGAGAUGCUGGUGACCGAGCAGGCCGAGCGGCCGGACCUGCCUCUCCUACUGCGGCUCAGCACGGUCCUCGGCCCCAGCGCCGUGCGUCUCGACUGGCUGACGGCCCUGCCACCUGGCGGCGGCGCCGAGCAGCUGCGCUUGGAGGCCAGCCGCGCGGUGGCAGCACUGUGCACGGCCGGGGAGCUGGAGCGGGCGGAUCGGCUGGCGCUGGCCGCCGGGGUCAGUCCCGAUCCCGUGGUACUCACUCAGGUGACCUCUGACCUCGGUGAAGUCGCUGACGAGGACCGGGUCACAUUCUGGAGACAGUGCAGCGGCCGGUUCACGGAGAAACAGCUCUCCAGGACCGAGGCGGUGGCCUUUUUCAGGAAACACGCCGAGACGGCCGUCAGCGUCUCAGAGAGGUACGUGUGCCUGAAGCUGGCCUGGGACUGGCUCAGCCCCGACCGCCGCGCUGAUCCCGACUGUGACAUUACGGCACUGGAGCGGAGCGUGUGGACCGCCUACACCUGGGCACGCAUCAACGGCGAAAUGGUAGAGGAGCCGGAGCCCUCCCCCACGCCCUCCCCCACCCACCAGCCGCUGCUGUACCGGCGGCCGCUACUGGCGUCGGGCCGGCGACCGGUGCAGCCGGCGCUGACCCCCGAUCAGCUGAGUACUGUCCGGGCCGUGCUGGGACAGCUGGUGGAUGAGGGUCACCUCCGACAGGCCCUGCUGGUGGCUGAGUGCUUCGGAGUCACCACGCCGGAUCUGGAGCGGAUGGUGCGUCUGCUGAAGCUGGCCGAACGUGUUGGUCGGCAAGGGGAAGACGAGGUCUCCCUUGAAUCCGCGGGUGGUGAGCCGGCCACAGCGGCUGCUGCUGCCGCCGCUUCUGCUGCUGCCACUGCUGCUUAUUCUACUACUACUGCUGCUAGCGCUGUGUCUUCUUCCCAGCCAGCAGCUUGUCCAAAAGUCGGGGAAGACGGAAUAGCGACGACAGAGGUUGGAGCUACUGCAAGAGAUGGACUAGAUUCAGCCGUCGGGUCCACCGAGAUCCCAGAAACGACGGCAGCGACGGAGAUGGAUGACAGGCAACACAAGUCUGCAUCUGAGAUGAAUCCAAACAACAGUCAGACUGCCUGGGGAGACUCCAGACUGCAGUCUGAGACUCACACUGAUGUCAGACUGGACGGACUAGCAACGACAGGCUCCAGCGGGACGGGACAGUCACGAGAGACGACACCAGAAUCUGGAGGGGGCUGGACCGCCGCCGGUGCUUGCUCUAUUCAUAGUGAGACGCUGGCGACGGACGCCGACUCGGUACAGCCAGAUCCGCAGUCGGUGCACCCGGAUCCAUCGGCGGACAACCAACUCGGUGACAAUAAUGAAGAGAGGAGAGAGGAGGAUGGAAGACGCCGCAGUAUCGGGUUCUGCUCAUCGCUCGGUCGCAGCUGGAAACACAGCUUAUUUUGCUCGACCGCCGACGCGCGCCAGCCCCAGUCUCGGUCGGAGCUGUCCCAGCUGACGGAGCUGGUGGCCGCCCUGAGACACGGCUCAGAAAUCGGACAGCGGGUGCUGUCCUGCGCGCGCGCCGCCACCGACCUCCAGACCACAUACCAGGAGGUGGUGCUCACUCGCGAGCCGCUACUGCUGCUCAGUUCGGUCCUGACGGGCGAUCCCGCGGGUGUGGACCGCUACCGACUGGCCGCCGACCUGAUACAUGGCCUCCAGCUGCCCGACAGCCAGGUCACUGAGGUCAUACUGGCACAGGUCAUCGCACAGGUCAAGGCAGGCGUCUCAGAGUUGGAUCCGCUGCUGGCUCUGUGUCCGGAUCCCGUGCUGCUCGGAAACCGGCUGCUGGAUACCGCCGAGGACCUGGCCUCCUUUCCCGAGGCCGAUGGAUACGGUGACGACUGCCAGGUCGGUCUGCUGGUCGCCGCCCACUCGGCCCACACGGCCCGGCUGAACCUCCAAGGUAUCGGUGACGUCAUGGGUAGAGCUCGACAGCUGGUGCGGCGACUGCUGGUCAAAGAGGACUUCAGACUCAUGGUGAGCCUGCUGCUCGGUCUGGGCCGGUACGAGGAGAUGGCCUACGUGUUCGAACUACUACUGCGAGAGGACCGUCUGGAGCGACUGCUGACGGCUGGAGUCAGUGACGGGAGACUGGGAGCCGCGCUAAGACGGCACCUGAUCAGACACCAUCCCGAGGACACGGCCAGGCUGCGGCUGGUCACCGGACGGUUCGGCCACCACGCCGAGGCGGCCGCCGACUGGCAGUCCCGCGCCGAGCAGCUGAUCACCUCCGUCCUGCAGUCCGGUCCGGACGAACACUGCACUGAGACCGGUCAGCUGCGGCUCAGAGAGGCCAUGGACUGCUACCGACACGCAGCCACGUUCUACCGACAUGCGGAGCGUCUGUCGUCCGCCGACGCCAGCCUGUGUCAGGCUCAGCUGGUCGCCCUUCAGAUCAGUAUCAGUUCCGGCACCCUGCCCCUGCCGGAGGGAGUGCGGCCCCUGCUGCUGAGGAGGAGUCACCAGCAGCUACACACGCUGCUGACGGAGACGCUGCCGUACCGGGCGGCGCGUCUGGUACUCCGCGCGUACCCGGACCGUCCUGCCGACUGGUCGCAGCUGCUGUACCGCCAGUACCUGUGUCUGGGACGGGACGAGUACCUCACCGAGUACCUCCAGGCGGAGGGACAGCUCGAUCAUAGCGUUAUCGCCGGGAUACUGAAACGUAUCCGCGGCUCGGCUCGUCAGUUCUCCCCGUCGCGUCUGCGCCGUCUGACGCUGGCCGCCGCCGGACCGGAGCUGCAGUACCGAGCCGCCAGUCAGCUGCAGCUGCGUGACGUCAUUGGAGCGCUGCUGGACACGGCUGAGGCCGGCUGGCUGCGGGACACCGUGUGGAAAACGGGCGGCAUGUGAUGUCAGCGGGCGGAGAUAAUGACGUCAGUGGAGUUGGGGGAAAAGGUGACAUCACUUUCUUGGAGGAGGGACGUUUGGUAGGCUUCGUCACGAUGUGACGAAUGUGAAUACCUAUAUUUGAUAUAAUGCCAUAUAUCGUCACCAAGUUUUGUCCUCUAGUGGACUGUACUGGGGUAUGAUUUGCAUUGCGGCAUGGUAGUGGACGAUGCUUGUAACCUCGCAUGCCCAUGAUAUACGACGAAAACAAGAAAUCAUCCGAUACGACGUUAUAAAUCGGUGUCCCCGACCGCUCUUUCAAGAAGCUCUUUCAUACCUGCUUUCAUGAUGUUUAGAUACACUGUCGUGGUACGCAUCAGUGGAAGGCGUUUUUGUUUAUUUAUAUGCGUGUAUUUUGUAAUCAUGAAUGGGAACGUAGCUUAUAAUCGUGAAGUUUGGGUGUAUAUCUCAGGGUUUGUUUUGUACGUUAUCGAUGUGAUAAUGUGAUGUGAGGGAAAGGCCAGUACGUCAUUCCUGUACUCUGCAUGAAAUGGUACUACAUUGUACGAGUACUCUGAAAUACAUGUAUACGAUUAUCGAA